AUCUCCCUCCCGCGGCCCCGCCACUGUCCUUUCUUCCCCGAUUCCCCCCAAGUCGCCGAUUGGUGUGAGCUUAGGGGAGAUGUACCGCGGCGGGCUAGACCGCUUCAAGAAGGCGGAGGCCCUGGAGCCCUUCUCAGUGCAGCAGUCCCGUUCCGGCGCAAAGAGCGCGCAAGUGCAGCCGGCUCCGUUGGUGCCGCCGCAGAGUUCACGUCCUGGUCCUAGCCAUGCUCCACCGAGUGCGGGCUCGAGCAUGGCCGGGCAGGAGACCGGACCUGCCGGGACGCAGCUGGGUGGCGGGCAGUCGACGUGGCAGCCGCCGGACUGGGCGAUCGAGCCGCGCCCUGGGGUUUACUAUCUUGAGGUGUUGAAGGAUGGGGAUGUCAUUGAUAGGAUCAACCUCGACAAGAAGAGGCAUAUCUUUGGGAGGCAGGUGCCUGCUUGCGAGUUUGUGCUGGACCAUCAGUCUGUCUCGCGCCAGCAUGCUGCCGUCGUUCCGCACAAGAAUGGAAGCGUCUAUGUUAUCGAUUUGGGAUCUGUUCAUGGUACAUUUGUUGCAAAUGAGAGACUAACUAAAGACAACCCUGUGGAGCUUGAAGUUGGACAGUCACUUCGCUUUGCUGCAUCAACCAGAGCAUAUAUUCUACGAAAGAACACAGCUGCUUUUACCCCCACGCGCAGUCUCCCGUCAGAUGUGAGCUUGCCGUCUCCUCCAGACCCCAAUGAUGAAGACGCUGUUGUGGCAUACAAUACAAUACUUAACCGCUAUGGCAUUAGUAAAUCAGAUAUGCCAUUGAGGAAAAGAAGUUCUUCAGGAGAUACUUCUGGUGCAAAUGAUGGCAACCAGGCAGUUGGCAGACCGUUGAAGAAAAGCAAAAAGCGAAGAGUGUCAUUUAGAGAUCAGGCUGGCGGAGAGCUUAUUCAGGUGGUUGGGAUUUCUGAUGGUGCGGAUGUUGAAACUGAACCUGGCCCAGUAGGCGUAAAGGAAGGCAGUCUUGUUGGGAAGUAUGAAUCUCUUGUACAGGUUACUGUCAUACCAAAAGGGAAGGAGCCAACUUUACCAAAUGAUAGUGCCUCUCAGAGUGGAGUAACAUCUAAGCUACAGCAGGUUCUUGACAAAGUUAAAAGCACAACCAGAGGGGGUAUGUAUGAUGACCUGUAUGGUGAUUCUGUUCCAGCAAAAUUGGGCUCAUCAUGGGCAUAUAAAUCAGAUAACCAGUCAGUGCAAAUCAAAGCUGUUGAUGAAAAGAAGUCGAGCCAGAAUUUGGGUAAAAUUUCAGCUGAUGAUAGUGAUGAUGACUUGUUUGGACACUAGCGAUUGUCCCAUUUCCAAUAAGUAGCAAAUUUGUAUUACUCACAAACGCAUGGCAGCAGAUGUGUUGGUCGGUUGGGUAUUUUGGUUGUUCUACAUGAUUGUAUCCUGCUGGAAAUCAAGAUGGUAAUCAAUAGGGAGCUCGAGGAAUAUGGUUGUUACUGCUGGAUUCAAAGUGGAAACAGCUAUUCUGGCCCCCUAACUGCUUGUGUGAUACUGGUUUCUACAAUGUGUCUAUUUGCUUCUGUGCUCCUUGUUGGCAGGUCGAUUCUGGUGGAAGUAAGUAUCCUCUUGCACUUUGGAUUAAAAUGGCUGCUUGUGUCAUGAACAAACAUCUUCUUGUCACUUCCUAUAUUAUUUUAGGGAUGAGUAUGUGAGAGCAUUUUCUGCAUCUUUGUUGACCAUAUUAUGCACCAUUGCUAGACUCCCUACCGCUUGGAGGGACAUUAGGCGUACGUUACGCAUAGCCUAGACAACAAAAUUUUGUAACUUCCAUAAAACAAAAUUCUAUUUCUCACUGACUUCAAUAUUUUUCCGGAAGUUCUCAAGAUUUUUUCACAGUUCAAACAUUUUGGCACAUCUCUAAACCAUGUUUUCUUCUCUCCAGGGAAUCACAUGCAGACAAGCUUGUUCUUGCAAGCACCACAUACUCAUCUUUUUGUAACAGGACAAUGGACGGAAAAGAAUUCCAGAUCAGCCGAAUCAUGUAAAACUCAUUAAAAAUAUGUUCGCAACAUAUUGUGUGUUUGGUUUCCAUGUUUGCUGGUA